GGCGAAGAGGCGAAUUUGGAGUGCGGAUGCACAAAACGUCAUUAAAAACACAAAAUAAAUACGAAAUAUUGCACAAAUUACAGUAAUUAUAUAGAAGAACACAAACUAUUUAAGAUGGCAGACAUUGCGGCAACCAACGAGGGAAAUUCAAACAGUAGUGAACCUAUAAUAGAGCAUCAGCAGCCAACGCCGGAAUAUUUACAGAGAAAAAUAUAUUUCCUGGUAGAUCAACUUCGCAAUUUCCAUUCCGAACUUCCAGAAAACCUACAGACACGUAUUUCCUACGAUUUACUCACAGAACUCGCUAAUUGUGUUUUAAAUGAGGGGAUUUUUGUGAUAGUUAAGGCUUUGAUGGAAUUGCAACACGAAACUGAAAGACAUUUGAUUAAAAUGCGAAUGCAGGCGGAAAAUGAGUAUGAAAUUGAGGUGGACGAAUGGAAAAGAAAAAUCAAGGAUCCCGAGGAGCUGCACCACAUUUUGGGUUUAAUGAAAAUCAAGCACACCAAGAAACUAAUGGAGUCGGACAAGAAGAUUAUUGAAAUUCUAGAUCAAAAGGUUAACGAUCAACAAUCCACACUGCAAAAGGCCGGCGUUCCCGGUUUUUAUGUCACCGAGAAUCCCAAGGAGAUCAAAAUACAAAUGUUCCUGCUGGAUUUCAUUCUGCGUCUGAGUCGAUUGAAAUACGAGCCCGGCAAAUAACAGUUAAUUAUAAAUCCGGAGACCACAAAAGACUGCACUUGACUUGUUCAAAUUAGAAUAUUAAAGGCAAUUAAAAUUA